CUAGGGCAGAGGAUGAGUUCGGAAGGUCGGGUGUCGGUGAGGCGGCGAGUGCAAUCCGAGUCCCGGCUGUAGAGGGCAGAGCAGGGGCACGCGGACUCGGAGCGUUACACCUGCGUGCGGGAACAUGAGGUGGCGGGCCCCUGGGUGCGACUCUGUGAGGUCUGGGACCUUUCUCCGCCCAAGGGUGCGCCUUGGAGUAGGGCCUGGAGCCGAGCAAGCUGAUUUUUUUUCCUCAGAAGAAUAAAACAUCAACAUACCUUUGCAAAUAAGAAGGAAUUUAGAGCCACAUGCUUUGUAUGCAAAGAUUUCAGCUUUCGUGUCCAUCGUCAACACCCAGAGAUUUCCAACUUCUGUCACAGUGAGAAAAAGAAAAACGCAAACCGAUUCUACAAGCACCCGCUCGUUUAUUUGUAUCUCGCCUGCUAAUUCAAAAGGCAAGUUGCAGGCUGGCGGGAAGCUAAGCCCUGCAGAGGAUUCUGGGACGUGUAGUCUCGAAGCUUCCUGCGAUUGGAGCACUUCCGAUCCGGAAAAGUGCGAAUGCGUUCCUUGCUUCGUCGGAGAAAUAAAACUAUAAUCUAGCCUUCUGCACGUAUGGAAGGAAUCAUUUCGGCUAUUGGAGGGGUUGGAGCGGGCACUUUUGCCUCGGGAGGGCGGGGCAGCGACUCUCGUUCCUCUCGGGGAUGCUGGGAAAUGUAGUCCACGAGCUCCGCGAAGUCAAAGACUUGCUACGCGAGGUUGAGCCCGCGGCCUUCGUUUCUCGCUUUGGGAGGAGCAACAGACGGACAAGAUCUAGAAUUCUGGCUCUGAUGUGAGAGCUGGAUUCAGAUUCCGCCCCUGCCUCUUGACCUUGCCAAGCUUCGGCGUCAUCAUCUGUGAAAUGGGAGCAGCGGUCGUUAUCAUUUAUGGAGAACUUUCUAAAACGCCAGCGGAGGGUAGGCACAGAAGUGUAGGUGACUGGACCAGAGUCACAUGGCUCAUGCAGCAGUAGCUUCUUCACAGAGACUCAGCCCUGACUCAGAAGGAGGACAAAAUGACCAAGUUCAAGGAGGAAGUGACAUUCAAGGACGUGGCUGUGGUCUUCACCGAGGAAGAGCUGGGGCUGCUAGAUGCUGCCCAGAGGAAGCUGUACCGAGAUGUCACGCUAGAGAACUUCAGGAACCUGGUCUCAGUGGGGCACCAGCCCUUCCCACCGGAUGUAAUCCCCCAGUUAGAGAGAGAAGAAAAGGUUUGGAUGAUAAAGACAGCAACCCACAGCCACAGCUCCUCAGGAGACAAGGACCUAAAUGAUAUGGAGAUUCUUCAAGAGGUUGGAUUAAGGUACCUGCCACAUGACGAGCUUUUCUGCUCACAGAUUUGGCAACAGGUUACCAAGGAGUUAAGCAGAUGUCAGGAUUCCAUAGUAAAUGUUCAAGAAACUGACUCUCAGUUGGAAAAGCAAGGUGAUGCACUCUAUAAAUGUAAGGAAUUUGGUAAAGGUUUUAGUCAGAGUUCACAUCUUCAGGUUCACCACAGAGUCCACACUGGAGAGAAACCCUACAAAGGGGAGGAGUGUGAGAAAGGUUUCAUUCAGGACUUUUGUCUUCAAAUUAACCAGAUGGCCUACACAAGAGAAAAGCCCUAUAAAUGUGAAAAAUGUGAAAACACCUUCCGUCGGUUUUCAAGUCUUCAAGCCCAUCAGAGAGUUCACAGUAGAGAGAAAUCGUACAAAUAUGAUAUGUCAUGUAAGAGUUUCAGUCAGAGGUCAUAUCUUCAUCAUCAGAGAGUUCUCACUGGAGAGAAUCCACACAAAUUCGAGGAGUGUGGGAGGAACAUCAGGAAAAGCUCACAUUAUCAAACUCCUCUGAUAAGCCACACAUUAGAGAAACCCUACAAAUGUGAGCAGUGUGGGCUGGGCUUCAGUCACAGCUCAUAUCUUCAAGUCCACCAGAGAGUUCACAUGGGGAAGAAACCUUAUAAAUGUGAGGAGUGUGGGAAAGGCUUCAGUUGGCGUUCACGAUUACAGGCUCAUCAGCGGAUCCACACUGGAGAAAAACCAUACAAAUGUGAUGCGUGUGGCAAGGGUUUUAGUUACAGCUCACACCUUAACAUUCAUUGUAGAAUCCACACGGGAGAGAAACCUUAUAAAUGUGAGGAGUGUGGGAAAGGCUUCAGUGUGGGUUCACACCUUCAAGCCCAUCAGGUUAGCCACACUGGAGAGAAACCAUACAAAUGUGAGGAGUGUGGGAAGGGCUUCUGUAGGGCUUCAAAUCUUCUGGACCAUCAGAGAGGCCAUACUGGUGAGAAACCAUAUCAGUGUGAUGCAUGUGGGAAGGGUUUUAGUCGUAGCUCAGAUUUUAACAUUCAUUUUAGAGUCCAUACAGGAGAAAAACCCUAUAAAUGUGAGGAGUGUGGGAAGGGCUUCAGUCAGGCCUCAAAUCUUCUGGCCCAUCAAAGAGGCCACACUGGAGAAAAACCAUACAAAUGUGGUACAUGUGGGAAGGGCUUCAGUCGGAGUUCAGAUCUGAACGUUCAUUGUAGAAUCCACACAGGAGAGAAACCCUAUAAGUGUGAGAAGUGUGGUAAGGCCUUCAGUCAGUUCUCAAGUCUUCAAGUACAUCAAAGAGUUCACACGGGAGAGAAACCGUAUCAGUGUGCGGAGUGUGGGAAGGGCUUCAGUGUGGGGUCACAGCUUCAAGCCCAUCAGAGGUGCCACACUGGAGAGAAACCAUACCAAUGUGAGGAGUGUGGGAAGGGCUUCUGUCGGGCCUCAAAUUUUCUGGCACAUCGUGGAGUCCACACGGGAGAGAAACCAUACCGAUGUGAUGUGUGUGGUAAACGCUUCAGACAGAGAUCAUACCUUCAAGCCCACCAGAGAGUCCACACUGGGGAGAAACCAUAUAAAUGUGAGGAGUGUGGGAAGGUCUUCAGCUGGAGCUCAUAUCUUCAAGCCCACCAGCGAGUUCACACAGGAGAAAAACCGUACAAAUGUGAGGAAUGUGGGAAGGGUUUCAGUUGGAGCUCAAGUCUUAUAAUUCAUCAGCGAAUCCAUGCUGAUGAUGAGGGUGAGAAGGGCUUUCCCUCAGAGAAAUCCUAUGGGAAAGAAGGUCAUUCAAGAGAAGGUAACACUAGCCCUAAGCGCAGGUUUCCACACUCCCAGCCCGAAGUCGGCAAUGUGUACUUAGUCCCCGCGGGUUUUGUGGAAAUUGUCCAACAGCUCCGCGAGGUCUCAAGCACUUUCGCCCGAGGAGGGGGAAUUCUGGGAAGUGUAUCCCCUCGACGCACUUCCGCUCUCGGAGCUCAGGUAGCGGUCGUCUUUCCCCUCGCUGUGGAGGAAGUGACGUUCAAGGAUGUGGCUGUGAUCUUCACUGAGGAGGAGCUGGGGCUGCUGGACUCUGCCCAGAGGAAGCUGUACCGAGACGUGAUGCUGGAGAACUUCAAGAACCUGGUCUCAGUGGGGUAUCAACCAUUCAAACAAGGCGUGAUCCACUUAGUAAGCGGGGAAAAAUAUUGGAUGAUGAAGAUGGCAACCCAAAGAAAAGGGAAUUCAGGAGGCAAGAUCCAACAUGACCCGGAGACUGUUCCAGAGGAACCAAACGAAGAACUUUCCUGCUGGCAAAUCUGGCAACUGAUUGUAGCUGACUUAAUCAGAUGUCAAGACUCUAUCAUAACUAGUUUUCAGUUCCCCAGACAGGGUGAUUCACCCAGCCAGGUUGGGGCAGAACUAUCUGUAACUCACACAGGCCAGAAACCUUACCAGGGAAAGGUGUGUAAAAAAUUCUUCAGUGGUUUCUCCAACUUUGAUCUUCAUCAACAGUUAAGCUCAGGAGACAGGUCUCAUACAUGUCAUGAGUGUGGAAAAAGCUUCUUCCAUAGCUCAGCACUUCGUAUUCAUCAGAGAGUUCACUUGGGAGAAAAACGUUAUAAGUGUGAUAAGUGUGGUAAGGAAUUCAGUCAAAGCUCACGUCUGCAAACUCAUCAGAAAGUCCACACUGUAGAGAAACCGUUCAAAUGUGAGCAGUGUGGGAAAGGCUUCAGUCGUAGAUCAACACUUAGUGACCAUUGCAAAUUACACACAGGAGAGAAACCUUAUAAGUGUGAAGAAUGUGGAAGGGCCUUCAUUCAUGCUUACCAUCUUCAGAACCAUCAGAGGGUCCACACCGGGGAGAAACCGUUCAGAUGUGAUAUAUGUGGGAAGAAUUUUCGUCGUAGAUCAGGACUUAAUAGUCAUUGUGUGGUCCACACUGGAGAGAAACCAUACAAAUGUGAGGAGUGUGGGAAGUGCUUCAGUUGGAGCUCACAUCUUCAUGUCCAUAAGAGUGUCCACAUGGGACAGAAACCAUACAAAUGUGAGGAGUGUGGAAAAAGCUAUUCUAGGGCAGAUCUUUAUUACCAUCAGAGGAUCCACACAGAAAAGAAACCCUAUCAUUGUAAGGAAUGUGGGAAGAGUUUCAGAUGGGCCUCACAUCUUUUGGCCCAUCAGCGAGUCCACAGUGGAGAAAAACCAUUCACAUGUGAAGAGUGUGGGAAGCGAUUUGGUCGGAAAUCGUACCUGAAAGCCCAUCAGAAAGUCCACACCGGAGAAAAGCCAUACAGAUGUGAGGAGUGUGGGAAGGGCUACAAGACAAGCUUGGAUCUUGUCGUGCAUCAGAGCAUCCACACAGGAGAGAAGCCAUAUACAUGUUGGGAGUGCGGUAAGCACUUAAGUAAGGCCUCACAUCUUAAACUUCAUCAGAGAGUCCACACUGGAGAGAAGCCAUACAAAUGUGAGGUGUGUGGUAAGGACUUCAGUCAGUUGGCCCAUCUACAAUCUCAUCAGAGGGUUCACACAAGGGUGAAACCCUACAAGUGUGAGAUAUGUGGUAAGCACUUCAGGUCAAGUUCAUAUUUUAAAAUUCAUCACAGAAACCAUGUUGGAGAUAAAUUUCAUCCAGUCUCAAAAGAAGGAAAACAUUCGUUUCAUUAAAGUGAGUGCUUCAGCCAUAGUUCAACAUAUCCCAGUGAUCCCAAAACUAUUACAAGUGGUGUCGUAAGGCUUCAGCCAGAACCUCUGACCAUUAAACUUAUCCUUCAAGAGGCAGGCCUUAGAAGUAAGAAUUUGUCCAGAUAUUUACAGAACUAUAAUGUUGGGUGUUAAAGUUGGUGUCCAGUAGAAUGCAGUAUGCUCGAUGGCAGGAAGCUUGUUUGCUGCUGAAUCUACAGCCUUAAGUUUCAUGAGCACUUUGUACUUGAGCUCAGUACUUGUUUAUUAAAUGAAUCAAAGGGAGAAAAUAUGUAAUAUUUUAAAAUUGUAUCUGGAAGAGGAAACCUGUGACAAUAAAUCAGAGAAACCAACGAAUUGAAUUGCAGAACUAACACUGGGUACUGCAUUCCACAGCAUUAUUUCGGUAGCAUGCUGUUGCGGUUGGUUCCUGACCUACCCUCAGCCUCAGUUCCGAGGUUGAGUUUUUUGGAUUUCUGUCUGCUGUUCCACUGUUAGAUACAGUAUAAAUUCAACUCUGUUAUGUCAUUUUUCUCAUGAUGCAGACUGAAACUGCAGUAACUGGCUAUUGCACAUAGCACAGUUGCAACUUUUAACAAUGUUAAGGGUUCAAAGCAAUGCAUUAAAGUACCAGAUUUAAUAACCAGUGA